AUGUUGGUUUUAUUAAGUAAAUAUAUUGAUUCGAUGCUAAACAAAAAUGAAAAUCUCUACUUUCAAGAAGUAAAACAAAAAAAGUACAGAAUACUUUAUUAUUCCAAUAAUCACAGUAUAUUGUCAACAAUGUUUCUUGGUCCUUAUCUUAUCUUUAGGACAUUUUACUUUUUAUUUUUAAUAAACUAUUACUCCUUUGCCACUUCUAAACAAAUCUCCUUACCAAAGAUCUAUAGAAUGAUUAAAUAA